AUGGACUCACGGCCGUUCGAUGGAGGUUCGUUCGCUGCACUUGGUCAAUCACUCUAUCGCAUCGAGAAGGUUGAGAAUGAGGCCAUCGUUCUUCAAUACCUCCGUAAGCACACCACUAUUCCUGUUCCACGGCUAUUCGGCGUCGGGAUGAUCACCCUUGGGCCAUAUAUUGUCGAAGAAUUUGUGGAGAGAGACCUUGCUUCCGUUCCUUUCAAAGAGUCCGGAAUUGAGCUACAAAACUGGAACCCCAAUAUAAGUGAGCAGAAAUUGAAAGUUCUUUACCGCGAAAUGGCCAACAUUGUGCUCGAAAUGUCGAAACCAGAGUUCACGCGCAUCGGCUCUCUGGUGCAAACCGUAAAGAAUGGAUAUACUAUCGGCAGACGUCCCAUUACAAAACAUCUAAACGAACUAGCUAUGAACGCUAAUCUUGGACCCCAACACUUUUCCAACUCAAUAUAUACCACUUCUGUUGGCUACUUCGAGUCAUUGGUUGAACAACAUAUGGCUCAACUCCGCAAUCAACGAAACAAUUGCGUAACGGAUGAACACGAUUACAAAAAGAAGUAUAUAGCUCGCUGCCUCUUUCUUAGAAUUGCUGCACAUAUGGCUAUCAAGUACUCUACUGGCCCAUUUCGACUCUUUUGUGACGAUUUCCGACCAUCGAAUGUUAUUGCCCACACAGAACCAUUUCACAUCAAUGCAGUUAUCGAUCUCGAGUUCACAUAUGCCGCCCCUUCAGCAUUUACUUAUGCAGCGCCUUGGUGGCUUUUGUUACAGAAUCCCGAGUAG